AUGGAAGAUCCAUAUGAUUUCAUGCUUGGAGAAAAUUUAUUAAAAUCCCCACCAAAUUUUGAAACGGCUCAUUAUCAUAAUGUAAAUGGAUAAUUUAAACUAAAGAAAGCUCAGAUUAUCCAUAGAGAAAUAGUAAAUAACUCAAAUAGAUGUCCUUGUUGUUAUUUACCAGUAUAAACAAUAAAGUAUCCGAUUCUUGUUGAUGUAAAUGUGUUCAGCAAUUGUGGCACCUCAUACAAAUACUUUAAAUUAUUGAAAACCUAUUUCAUACUACUAAGCAUACUUUUGUAAUUAGAAUAUCUACUUCAUAGCAUUAUAGCCGGAUUAUACAAUUUGAUCUAGAACAGCAAAGGAGAUUAAUGCAUCAACGAUUAAAGUUGUAAAAACAAUUUGAAUAAUUAGUUGUCAAUCUUGAAUAGAUUUGACCCUGAAAAUUAUUAAGACGAUGUUUUGGAUGUAUUAUAUGCAAUCGCAUUUAUUGUAUAAUUAGUCUUCAUCCGAUAUAUAACACACUAAACAAACGAUUAUUUUAAUGUGGAUCAUGAUUAUGAUAGUGAAAAAACAAUACAAAUAUGCUCCUUAAAAAUUUCAUCCAUAAAUACUUAAUGGAAAAGAAAUACAAUAUUAGAACAUUUUAGAAAUGGCAUGUUGGAAUCAAUCCCUUUUCAAUAUAAUAUUAUUGAUUGUUGUUUAAUUUAUGACAUUUAUCACUUGGAGAAUGAACUGAAAUUGUAAAUAAGAGAGGUCUACAAAAAAGAAAAAUCACGAAGGUUAACCAUUAAAUUAAUAGAUAGGUCGUUGUAAGAUAUUUUAAGGAAGACAGUAAAUUAAUUUUAUACGAUGAGUAAUAGCAAAAAAUAUUUGAAGUUCACAGGUAGUGUAUAUAUAACUCUUUCUGAUUAAUAAGAAGCUAUUAAUUUUAAAAAAUAGUUUAAAAGGAACUUUUGCUUGGAACAAUGUCCAAGACCUUCAGAUGUAAUAUGGAAGAAAAUUAGAUCGAAUGGUAACCCUAAAUUACAAUUAAUCAAGACUGCAAUUGCAUUAUGUGGAUGGUUACCUAAUAUUGCAAUUGAAGUUGCUAAAAAUGAUUACAUUUUGUCAAAUCCUGGAAAAAGUUAAGAUUAAUACUAAAUAAAUACACUAUUGAGUUUGGUAACUGCUCUCAUUUUAUUUCUUUCUUCAAAAAUUUGUAUUCACACUAUUCACAAUUAUGUCAAAUAAAGUUUCUAAGAUUCAAAGCGUCAAUAUUGGAAAUAAUAUUUAUAAAUGAACGAAGUUAUCAUAUGUAUAAUGUUUUAUUUGGGACCCCCAAUAUUUGUUGCUGUUUACUCUGGUGAAGGUACUAGAUAAGAAAAAUUGUGGAGAUCUGGUGGGUUAAGCGAAGAUAUCAUUAUGAUUAUUUUAGUAAAUGCAGGUUUAUAGAUAUUAUUUACUAUAAUGGAUAUUGGACAAGCUUGGAAAUUAAUAAAAAUCAUUUAUUACAAAUAUUUCAAUAAAGGAUCAAAUUUAACAUAAUUUGAGGCUAAUAAAUUAUUUUCAAAAAAACUUAAUUUUAAUAAAAAGAGAGUUGAUCUAACUAUUUUGGUUUUUUAAUGUAGCUAUUAUGGUUAUUUGUUUCCGAUUUGUUAUCCUAUAACCCUCAUAUCUCUUUUGAUUAUCUACUGGUUAAAUAAGUAUUAAUUUAUAAAUAAUGGAACUAAUCAAAAGAUUCAAUUUAAAUAUAGAUUAUCUAAAAUAAUGACAUUCAUGGUGAUUGCAAGUUAGUUAGGAUCCACUCAAAUUAUUAAGAUUACUUACUUGGGUUAUACCUCUAACUAAGCAUUCAACUAUAUAUAUUAUGCUAAAUGUAUUAUUUUAAUAUAUUUAUUUUGGAUUAAACCUGAAUUGCUAUUUAAAAAGCGAACAUAAACUAAUAAAACAAAUUUAGAUUUAGUAAGUAGCCUUUAAAAUAAUGACUUAUACCCUAAAUAUAAUCCAGUCGUCAAUGAAAAUCAUUUGAAUAGUUUAUCAUAACAAUAAUCAUCAUUAGAUAUGGUUGUAUAACUUAGGUUAUCAAGAUAAUAAAAAUAUUACGAGGCUCUCUAAAUUAAAUUGCUGAGAGAAAUUGAAGAGUUAGAGAAAAGUGAAUUAUCCACCGUUCAAAAAAAUCACAUAAGGCCUAUUUAAGAGGAUGUCAAUUGA